UUUAAAAGGCUAUAUAUUUUAAAAAUGUUAUUUUUUGAACAAUUAUUUCACUAAGCAUGUUGUGUGUUGAUGGGUACGUCAUAGGGUACCAGUUAGUAGUUACCUGUUACAGAUUGUAACUUGAAUGCUUUUGUCCCUUGUUAUUUCGUUUUGUUGAUAUUUGAUAUUCUGUAGUGAUUUACUUGAUGCAAAUCCUGAGGCUGAAUUUGAAUUUAUACAAUACGCAUGAAGUAUAUUCUGGAGUUUUUUUUUAAUCACACACAAAUCUAAAGUGAUGUUUAUGUGACCAAAAACCAAGAAUGGGCUUUGAAAUCAAAAGGUUUCAAGGUGACGUCGACGAAGAACUUAUUUGCCCUAUUUGUUCGGGAGUUCUAGAAGAUCCAUUACAGGCACCUGCAUGCGAGCAUGCAUUUUGCCGUGUCUGCAUAACUGAGUGGAUAAGUCGCCAACCGACUUGCCCAGUGGACAGGCAGGCUGUUACCGCAUGUCAGCUAAGACCCGUUCCUAGAAUACUACGCAACCUGCUAUCUAGAUUAUGCACAAGUUGCGACAACUCACCUCAUGGAUGCAAUGCUGUGCUGAAACUGGACUCACUGGCAUCACAUUUAGUUGAAUGCGAAUUUAACCCUAAGCGGCCAAUGCCUUGUGAAGCAGGCUGUGGUUUAGUUAUACCGAAAGAUGAGCUGGCAGAGCACAACUGUGUGCGAGAGUUGCGUGCAUUAAUAACUUCCCAGCAGGGUAAGCUCACGGACUACCAGCAGGAGCUAGCAGAACAAAGACUGGUCAUCAAUGAACACAAAAGGGAAUUGGCUCUACUUAAAGAGUUCAUGCGUGCAAUGCGUGUGUCAAAUCCUACAAUGCGAGCACUAGCUGAUCAGAUGGAGCGUGACGAAGUUGUGCGGUGGGCUGGAUCACUAGCCAGGGCCAGAGUCACCCGCUGGGGUGGCAUGAUCUCUACACCUGAUGACGUCCUGCAGGUGAUGAUGAUUAAGAGAAGCUUAUCAGAAUCUGGAUGUCCUCCACACAUUAUUGAUGAUCUGAUGGAAAAUUGCCAUGAGAGGCGAUGGCCACCUGGUCUCUCUUCCUUAGAAACUAGACAGAACAAUAGAAGAUUAUAUGAAAAAUAUGUAUGCAAAAGAGUUCCUGGAAAGCAAGCGGUACUAGUCUUGCAGUGUGACAAUACUCAUGUCGAUGAACAUAUGAUGGUAGAACCUGGUCUUGUAAUGAUAUUUGCUCAUGGCAUUGAAUAAUACUAGCCUAUCUCAAUAUGAGCACAAUGUACACAUGUGAUUGAAACACUAUGUAUGUAAUGUCAAAUAAUAAUUUAUAAUGGUACAAUAAAUAUUUUGUAAUAGUAACAUGUAACAAAUCA